GGUAAAAGUCUAAAAAAGCAAUAGAAAAAACUUACGCGGAAAAGCGGGGGACGAGCAGAGCAGUUGCUAAGAGAUGGAAUCUAGCAGCGGCAAGAUCGCUGGCUUUACCGCGUCCCCGGGCAGCGGAAAGCGGGGGUCCUCGUCAGCUGCUUCUCCUUUCUCAAUCCACUCCCUUAGCGCCGAUCUUCUUUGCAUCAUCUUCUCUCGUCUAGAUUCUUUAGAGCUUGUCCGGUGUGCUGCCGUCUGCAAGCCAUGGAACAAAUUAAUUUACUCUUCUACUUUGUUGAGAGAUUUGUAUGACAAAAUUAGGUUGUGUAGUAGUUCAAGUUCUAAUUUAUCAGUUCCUGUUGAAGCAUCGAUGAAGAGGUACUUUGAAAAUCUAGCAAUGGAACAACAUAGAUUGUCUUUCUUAGGCAGUUCUGCUGAUGUUCAUCAAUGGAGAGGCCACUCUUUAAGGAUUGCCUUAUGUCGUAUGAAGAGAGGGCUCAUUCUUUCAGGAGCAGAGGAUAAGGUAAUGCGACUAUGGUCCGUAGAGAGAUGUAAAUGUUUGAAGGAGUAUUUCAAUUUCAAUAAGAACACAAUCGUUGAUUACGAUUUUGAUGAAAACAAGAUUGUAGGAUUGACUGAUUCUCAAAUAUGUAUUUGGGCCCUUAAGUCAGGAAAGGGCAUCUUUCGGUCUCAUGAAGGCAUUUUCACUCGGGGCAUUUGCAUGGGUUAUAUCGACCCUGAGGCUGUGGUUGGAUGUGAUGAUGGCAGUGCCCGUGUAUUUGAUAUGUAUAGUGGGCGGUGCACUCGAAUAAUUAGGAUGCACGGUGCGCCAGUUUCAUGCUUAGCGUUAACUGAAGAUCAAUUGGUAUUUGGUGGAUCUAAUUUUGGCACUGUAACUGUCGCAGAUUUUUCAACUGGUGAACAGUUGGCAUCGAUGAAGUCAUCCUUUUCUCACACAGGUAUGAAAAGUUUGUGUUUUAGUACUCAUUCACAUUUGCUGUAUGGGGGAUCAACUUCUGGCUAUGUUCAUUGCUGGGAUCUUAGGACUUUCCGUCCCCUAUGGGAGACAAGAGUGAGCCCAAACGUAAUCUACAGCAUCCAUCAUCUAGCGUGUGAUUCAUCCACUUUAGCAGUUGGUGGGCUUGAUGGAAUUCUCCGGAUUCUUAACCAAAACACAGGUGAAACUCUUUCACGUUUCAUAUUGAACCCAAGCACCAAAUUGGAUGGUUCCAACAGUACCAGUUCACCUUUCAAAAUGAACAUAAAGGCCAAAGCCAUCUCUUCAGAUAUCGAGAUUCAUAAUAUACCCAGGAGCCAAAGACAUCCUAUUACCUGCCUUGCUGUUGGGCUGAAGAAGAUUGUUACAGCUCACAAUGAAAAGUACUUAAGCUUGUGGAGAUUCCAUCAAUCUUUGUAGGUAUUGUUGAUAAUGCCAGCAUUUUCCCUUCUUCACUUUGGCAGAUAAGAUAUUAUGAAAUUCUAGUUCAGAUACUAAAAUUUCUUAAAGAUUUUGUUAACCUAAUGCAAUUGCCAUUGCCCCUUAAAACUGUGCUGAAGGGAGUUUCUUA